GCUCUCAGUACUCUCCCAGAAGCCGAUCCGGUUUCACUAGAGGACUUGUCAAUAGGAAUUAGUGUUUUUUAUUUUUUCGGAUUUUCGAAAAGUUUCCUUUAUGAAGAGGUAGUUCGCCCGCCGGAGGGGAAACAAUUUGCGAUGGGGUGGUGGCGAUUUGCGCCUCUGCUCCUCCUUUUGGUGGGUAAAAUUGGUGCGGAAAUUCUUACUCCACCGUAUUUCAAUUUAGCCGAGGGCAAGGAAAUUAUCGCUUCGGCUACCUGCGGUGUUGAUACACCGGGGCCCGAACUUUAUUGUAAACUGGUCGGCGCUAAUUCCGAUCAGCAUGAGGAUAUUAAUCUCAUUCAAGGGCAGGUCUGCGACUUCUGCGAUCCCUCCGUUCCUGAGAAGAAUCAUCCACCGGAGCAUGCUGUCGAUGGAAUGGAGACGUGGUGGCAGUCACCACCACUUUCACGAGGGAUGAAAUAUAAUGAAGUCAAUUUGACCAUUAAUCUGGGACAGGAAUUCCAUGUUGCGUAUGUCUACAUUCGAAUGGGAAAUUCUCCACGUCCAGGGCUCUGGGUAUUGGAGAAGUCAAAGGACUACGGAAAAACAUGGCAGCCAUGGCAGUAUUUCUCCGAUUCUGAGGCGGACUGUAUCACUUAUUUCGGCAUUGACAGUCACACCCCCAUAACUCGAGACGAUUCCGUCAUCUGCACAACAGAGUACUCGAAGAUCGUUCCCCUAGAGGGUGGAGAAAUCCCCAUUUCUAUCUUAAAUAACAGACCCUCAGCUUCCCAUUACUUCAACUCGACUCUUCUGCAAGAAUGGACACGAUCAACAAAUGUGAGAUUUCGGUUUUUGAGGACGAAAAAUCUCUUGGGACAUUUGAUGUCAGUGGCGAGACAAGAUCCCACUGUGACGAGAAGGUAUUUCUACUCCAUCAAAGACAUCAGCAUUGGUGGAAGAUGUAUGUGCAACGGGCACGCAGACACUUGCGACAUUCGCGAUCCGAAUCAGCCGAACAAAUUGGAGUGUAUAUGCCAGCACAACACAUACGGGCCACAAUGUGCCUCAUGUCUUCCUGGAUUUCAGCAGAAGAAGUGGCGACAGUCCACUGCAUCUCACAAAUUCGUGUGCGAACCUUGCAACUGCUUUGGACACUCCACCGAUUGUGUUUACAACUCCACGAUUGACGAGCAACGUCUGUCUCUGGACAUUCAUGGAUUCUAUGAAGGCGGUGGCGAGUGUAAAAAUUGCCAGGACAACACAGAAGGCAUAAAUUGCAACAAAUGUAAACCGAAAUUCUACAGGCCACGUGGACAUCCCCUGAAUGCGACUGAUGUCUGUCAACCCUGCGACUGCGACUACUUCUACUCAACCGGAAACUGCGCAGAGUCUUCAGGCAAAUGUGAAUGCCGAGAAGAAUUCACUGCCCCCGACUGUGACUCCUGCGCCUACGGCUACUACGGUUACCCAGACUGUCGUCCCUGUGAUUGUCACCUAGGUGGCACCGAUGGUUAUCACUGUGAAGCCAUCGCCGGCUACUGCCCCUGUAAACCGAACUACGCAGGUCACUACUGCAAUCUCUGCGCCGAGGGUUUCUACAAUUUCCCUGAUUGUCUGCCCUGCGAGUGCAACCCAGUGGGCUCCUCCAACGACGUUUGCAACGUUUUAACCGGCAACUGCAGCUGCAAGAACAACUUCCAGGGAAGAACCUGUGACAUUUGCGAUCACGGCUACUUUAACUAUCCCCAGUGCAAUUUCUGCAACUGCGAUACACGCGGUACAGAGGAGGGAAUUUGCAAUAAGGACGAUGGUAAAUGUCUCUGCAGAGAGGGUUACGGAGGAGCACGAUGCGAUCAAUGUAUAACCGGUUACUAUGGCUACCCGAACUGCCGUCCCUGCAACUGCAGCACCGUUGGCUCCUCGUCAACGAGCUGCGAUGCCUCCGGCAAGUGCUCAUGCCUUGGCAACUUCGCCGGGAGGACCUGCAAUCAGUGCAGUCCUGGCUACUUCAACUAUCCGGACUGCGUCAGCUGCAACUGCGACUCCCACGGAUCUAUCGGCAUCUCCUGCGAUAAUGAUGGCAAGUGCCAAUGCCAGGAGAACUUCGAUGGUGAUCAGUGUAAUGUGUGCAAGGAAGGAUUCUACAAUUUCCCAAGGUGCGAGGGCUGUAAUUGCGAUCCAGCUGGUGUUGUCAAGUCCUUCAUGGGAUGCGGAUCACUGCCAGCUGGUGAACUCUGUCAGUGCAAGUCGCAGGUCCAAGGGAGAAUCUGUAAUCAGUGCAAACCAAUGUUCUGGAAUCUUCAGCAAGGCAAUCCUGAUGGCUGUGAGAACUGCGAUUGCAAUCCACCUGGUGUCAUUGGAGGUAUCGGCGAAUGUGAUCCAAGAACGGGUCAAUGCAUCUGCAAACCUGGAGUUACGAAUCGCGCCUGCUCGCAGUGUGUCGAUGGUACAUACAAUCUACAAGGAUCCAAUUUAUUUGGUUGCUCGGCGUGUAACUGUGAUAUUGGGGGGUCUAUAAGCUCUAUUUGCGACAAGCAGUCUGGCCAGUGUGCAUGCCAGCCUCGAGUCACUGGCCUGACCUGCAAGGAACCCCUGAAGGCCCACUACUUCCCGACACUCCAUCAAUUCCAGUAUGAAGUCGAGGAUGGUCGAACACCGAGUAACAGUGCUGUUCGGUAUGGAUAUGCUGAGGACAGCUUCCCGGGUUACAGCUGGAAGGGCUACGCUGUCUUCUCCGAUCUCCAGGACGAGAUUAUCCAGCGGGUUCAAAUCCAGAAGUCCUCCCUCUAUAGGAUGGUCCUUCGAUUCGUCAAUAAGAAUAGUGAGGCUGUUCUUGGAGAGAUAACAAUCACACCGGACAGUCCCUCGGAGGUUGAGCAGAAAUUCAAGGUGCAGUUCAAACCCGCUGAUUAUCCUGAGUUUGUCACGGUCGCUGGAAUUCACGGCAAUCAUCCAGCAGCAAUGGUAAUGAAUCCUGGUUAUUGGUCGGUCAGUAUCAAGACCGGAAAGAAUUUGUUCCUGGAUUACUUCGUUUUAUUACCGGCUGAGUAUUACGAGGCAACUCUCCUGACUCAGGAUGUCGAUGUUCCGUGUGAAAUUGGUCAGAUGGGAUUGUGCAGACAUUAUGGAUAUCCUUCUGUUGCCCUGUUUGAUUCAGUCCGUGGAGCUGGAGGUUUUGUCAAUGAUAAUGGAGUUCGAUUAUCGCUUAACGAAUACUUCAGCGAUCAGGACGUCCUGCAGGAGAUGGAACAGGAUGAAAUACCGAUGAUCAAUGACAAUCAGAGGGCUGUUCACUUCGAACUUCGUGUGACAAAGCCUGGGGCACAUGUACUACUGAUAACAUAUGUCACUUACAGAAACGAAGAAGCAACAUCCAUUCUCAAUAUCGAAGCUAAUACUGUAGGGAAGGGCAAAGCUACUCUUGCUCCGUGUACGUACACCAGUGUUUGUCGUCAGGUGGUGACUGAUCGUCUCGGUAAAGUCGCAGCUUACAGCUUCCCUACUAACUACGUCAGUAUCGUAUUGACUGGUGAGCCAGGUUCCAAUGUAGCUAUUGAUUCAGUGGUGGCUAUUCCCUACGAGCAAUGGUCCCUGGAUUACGUGAAACCUAAAUCAAUUUGCGUACGCAAGAACGGAAAAUGCGUUCAGGGAAUGUUCCCGGGUGCUGCUGAUGCCAAGAAAGUCGAAUUCGAGAACACUAAUGAGCCAUUGGAUGUUGAACCACGUCCAACAGGGAUCUACGAUAGCGCCACUAAGUUGGUAUACCUAGCGGAUGACGAGGCAAUUGUUAAUAUUGAAACAAAAGUUCCUCGUCCAGGAGAUUAUGUCUUUGUGAUUCAGUACUAUCAGCCUGAUCAUCCCGAGUUCGAAGUGGAUGUCCUCAUCCAGAAUGGAAAGUUCUAUGAGGCAAAAGCUCCAGUACCUCACUGUCCAAGUAACAGUGGCUGCAGGAGUAUUAUUCGUCAGGAGGAUGGCAAUUCAAAGUUCAAUCUGAUUGAGAAUGUUGUCUUGACCUUUCAGAAGCCGAAGAACAAUAUCUGGCUGGACUAUAUCCUGAUUAUCCCUGCGGAGCAGUACGACGAAAAGGUUCUUAAGAAGAUUCAAUUUGAUCAGACAAAGGAAUUCUUGAAACGCUGUGGAAACAAUCACUUCUACAUCAAUACGACUGAGGAGGGCUUCUGCAAGGAUUCAAUCUUCUCGUUGACAGCUGACUAUAAUAGUGGUGCAUUGAACUGUGCAUGCUCCCUUGAAGGAACAACGAGCUUCGAGUGUGAAAAAUUCGGUGGUCAGUGUCCGUGUAAACCGAACAUCAUUGGUCGACGGUGUGACAUCUGUAAGACAGGUUUCUUCGGAUACCCUAACUGUAGACCCUGCAAUUGUCCUAGCACAGCUCUUUGUGAGCCAGAGACCGGUGAAUGUAUCUGUCCGUCUAGAGUCACAGGUGAACGCUGCGAUCGUUGUAAAGAGGGCACCUACGGAUUUCAUCCAAUUAUCGGAUGUGAGGAGUGCAAUUGUUCACCUCACGGGGUCCUCGAUGGUGAUCUUCAAUGUGAUCUUUUGAACGGCACCUGUCGAUGCAAGGAGAAUGUCGUUGGACGUCAGUGCGAUAAAUGCCGACCCGGUUAUUCACAAUUUCCGUACUGCGAGAAAUGCGAUUGCGAUAUUCGAGGAACGACUGCGGACGUUUGCGAUCAGACGACAGCGGAGUGUCACUGCAAGGCAAAUGUCCAGGGGUCUGCAUGUGAUAUUUGUCAAGAAGGAACAUUCAAUCUACAACCAAACAAUGAAGAAGGAUGCUCCAAGUGCUUCUGCUUUGGAAAGACAACUCGUUGUGUCUCAGCAAAUCUCUACAGAAGUCACAUCUUCGAUAUGAUUGACUGGGAUAUUGCACUGGUUAAUGACAAAACUGGUGAUGUUACAAUAUUGAAUGCAAGCCCUCACGAAUACAAUGACACCAUGAUCAUCAUCAAUCUGACUCAGAAUGAGACUUUCAACAACGUCAUCUACUUCUCAGCCCCUGCAGCAAGCUAUCUUGGAAAGAAAUUGACGUCUUACGGAGGAUUACUCAACUAUACCGUUCACUACAGCACCGGACCGUUCGGUAAAGCUGUUGCUGGUCCCGAUGUCGUUCUCGUUGGUGCCGAAUCAGUCGUGUUCUACUACGGUGAUGAACAGCCUCCAUCAUUCACGAAUUUCCAGGCAUCGGUGGAGCUAAUCGAGACCAAUUUCUUCACGACGAAGAAUCAACAGGUCUCCCGCGAACAAUUUUUAAUUAUCCUGGACAAUCUCAAGGGAAUAUACAUCAGGGGAACUUACUGGGAGGCGAGCAUCAAAGCUUCUUUGUCGGAUGUGACGCUGGACACAACCACCGAUAGCUACGGUAAAUACAGCAUUCUGGCAAACAGUGUGGAACAAUGCCAGUGCCCACCCAACUACCAAGGUCUCUCCUGCGAGGAAUGUGCACCAGGAUAUUAUCGCGUUGAGUCUGGUCCCUAUGGUGGCUCAUGCGUCAAGUGCCAGUGCAACGGCCAUGCUGAGACCUGCGAUGUUAAGACUGGAGUCUGUCAUGAAUGUCAGAACGGUACCACAGGUGAUCACUGUGAGCUCUGUGAAGAAGGCUACUACGGAAAUGCCACGAUGGGAACACCCUCGGACUGUCUGAUCUGCGCUUGUCCACUGCCAAUUCCCUCGAAUAAUUUCGCAACUAGUUGCGAAGUGAACGAAGCUGGAACUAAGAUCAGCUGUAGCUGCUUCCCAGGGUACUAUGGAGCUCGCUGUGAAUCAUGUGCUGCUGGUUUUUAUGGUGAUCCAAACAACGAGGGUGACUUCUGCAAACCCUGCGAGUGCUCUGGGAAUAUUGACACCCAGGAGAUUGGAUCGUGUGAUUCUAUAACUGGUGAGUGUCUUCACUGUUUGAACAACACUUAUGGCCAGGCUUGUAAUCUAUGUGCUCCUGGAUUCUACGGAGACGCUGUUGAACGUAAGAACUGUCAGAGCUGCAGCUGCACCCAAUGCGGAAUGGAUAAGUGUGAUAGCUACACUGGACGCUGUCAAUGCAAACAGAAUGUUGUGGGAGAAUCUUGCGACAGAUGUGCUAUCAAUCAUUAUGGGUUUGAUUCCUGCAAAGGAUGUCAGGCUUGUGACUGUGGUCUUGCCUCGGAGGAGAGCCAGUGCGACGAGGCCACUGGACAAUGCAAAUGCAAACCAGGAGUUACCGGGAGACAGUGCGACCGGUGCAUUGCUGGCUAUUGGAAUUAUGGACCCGAUGGAUGUAGUUCUUGUGGAUGCAACACUGGGUACUCCAUUGGGGCAUCUUGCGACACCGCCACUGGUCAAUGCUCUUGUCUACCUGGAGUUAUUGGAGAGAAAUGCGAUCACUGUCCGUUCAGGUGGGUUCUCAAGGAAGGGGAUGGAUGUUACGAGUGCGAUUCUUGUAUUCAUGAUCUUCUCGAUGUCACGGAUAAUUUACAAUCAAUUUUGGCACCAGUUGCUCAGGAGUUCAAUACCGUUGCGGAGAGCUACUACACCAAUCAACGAUUGAAAUUCGUAAAUGAUACUGUUAAUGAGCUGGAUCCGAAAGUGCGUCUUCUAGAUCCUGGUAGAAUUAACUUGACUCCAGUGCAGCUGGAGAUCACACAUCUUGAUCAAGACGUUUCAAACCAAAAACGAACGGUGGAGUAUGCAGCCGAGACCAGCAAACAGUGGAAGGAUGGUGCUGAGAAAACUCUGAAUGACAUGAAUAUCUUGGAGUCUGACGUCCGGAAGGAGAUCCGUUUGGUGAAUAAGAUAAUAUCUGAAGUUCAAGCACUUGCUGCAAAUAUUGCGUCGGGUGAUGGGGCGAAAAUAGACACUGCCCUGAAGGAAGCUGCAGAUAUCUUGGCCAAAAUUCAGGGGGUAUCGUUUAUUGAUUUCCGGGACAAGGCCACUGAUCAAUCCAUCAGCGCAAAUGUUCUAGUAUCCAAGAUGGUCAAGUACAACGUACCAGUUAAUGAUUUGAGUUUGUCAACGUCAGCGCUAGGUGCUAAACUAUUAACUUUUGGAAAUAAACUCGAUGACUUCAUUCAUAACGCUGAUAAAGCUGAUGAAUUAGCGCGUUUAGCGAAAGAAUUUAUCGACGAAAGUAACAGAUUCACCGAAUUAGGAAACUUCGAUAUGAUUAAAAAUUCAACCGCUGAGACGGAAGACGAUGUUGUCGCCGGGGACAAGCUGAACCGUAAUGCGAGUGAAAUUCUUACAAAUGCAGUUGUGAAUUUUGAAUCUCUGGAGGAUCUGACGAGCAAACAAGACGAUUCUUUCGCGAGGCUCACUGAUACCCUCGAACGCAACGAUGAUGCUCUUUACGACAGUUUGGACAUAGUUCAAAAAGCCGGGGAUCAUUCGGAAAAUCUUCAGAGGCUUUCGCUGGAGCUGGAUGAUGUUCUCACUGGAACCAGGAACACGAGUGCAGUGAGAGCAGUGUCUGCCUACAGGGACAUCGAGACAGCAAUUCAAGUGGCAAAAGAAGCCGCUAAUGAAGCUCUCGAAGCGGCCAACAAUGCGACUAAUCUGUCAAAUGGCAUCGGCACAAGAUCGAGGAAUGCUUAUGACAAGUCUCACGAGCUCAAUCAGUCUGCGGAAGAAGCUUUAUCCAAGACAGAGGGAAAACUGGAGGAGGACCUCGAUCAAGCGAAACAAGACGCCAACGUAUUGUCCCGAAACAAUCGAAGAAACGAAGAGACUCUGGACAGAAUCAAUUCAACCCUGAGUAAUCUCCAGGUGCCCACAGAUUCAUUGAUCGAAGAUGCUACACGAGAGGCUCAGGGUAUUGAGGAUCUAAUUCAACGUGUGCAAGAUCACAUGAAGGACGCGGAACAAGUGCCAGAGGAUCUCCUCAGAUCUAAGAACUUAUCAAAAAACACUUCAGAUGCGACUCGCGAUAUCUCCCAAGCCAAGAAACACCUGGACACUGUCAGCAAAGUCGUCCCUGACAUGUCCGAUCUUCUGCACAGACUCGGGGAAAAGCAGAGAGCGAUGGAUAAAACUGGAAAUGACUUGAAGGGAAAGAUCGAAGCUCUUAAAAUGAAGAUAGCCAAUGCCCGAGAAUUGGCUGAUCGAUUCAAAACAGGACUUACCUUCUACAGGAAUACGACGUUGGAGCUAAAGAAUCCUGAGAGUCUACCGCUCUUGGCAACAUCCACUAAACUUUCUGUCUACUUCAAGACAAAUAAAACUAAUGGAUUCCUACUGUACCUCGGAAACGAAGCUCGUCCUACCACACCACGUCAGAAGACCCACGACUUCUUAGCUCUGAUGAUCGAGUCCGGAUAUCCUGUCCUCGUAAUCGACUUCGGCUCAGGUCCCGUUAGAAUAGUCAACAAUAAAUUUGUAUCGGACAACGUAUGGCGACAGAUAAUUAUAGACAGAACCGGAAAGAAUGUCAAGCUGAUCGUCAGAGAAGACGUCGGAGGUAUCAAGAAGUAUGAAGAAUUCGUCCAAGAGCAAGUACUCAAUGGCACCUACUCGAUCUUCGAUCUAGAUCAGCGGACCUCGAAACUCUUUGUCGGCGGUUACGACUCAUCCUUCCAAAUGCAAGAUGCAGUAACAGCCUCUUCCUUUGAAGGUGAGAUGGAGGAUCUCGUCGUUGGUGACGUACCUGUCUCCUUCUGGAACUUCAAGAAGGGUGAGAACAAUCGACAAGUUGCCAUGGAGCGAGACAAACUCGUGGACUUCACCCCCGCGACAGGAUAUCGCUUCGAUAGGAACGGCUACGCCAUCAUUGGAAUGAAGAACUCAAAUAUCCGCUACGAUUCGCAAAAAUCUGGCAUCAAAAUGCAGUUCAAGACACUGAGUGAGGAUGGAUUGAUGUUCCUCAUGGGUAAAGGAAAGCACUUCUUUGCGUUGGAGAUAAAGAAUGGACAGAUUCUUUAUCAAUUCAACCUUGGAGAUGGCACGGUGUCACUGAUGUCUCCCAAUACCUACAACGAUGGUCAGUGGCACGUCGUGGAGGCUAGGCGAUUAGGUGGUGCUGGAGCGCUGGACGUUGAUGGGGUCCAUGCUGGCCAGAACGCCAGAGAAGGUGACGCAAAGAUUCUGGCGUCCACAGACCACGUCUACGUGGGUGGCUAUCCCCCUCACAUACGCCAUCAGCACAAAUCCGUCUCCAAUGUCGGCUUCGAAGGUUGUAUCGAUCAACUUUCAAUUCUGGAUACACCAGUGGAUCUGACCAAGAAUCUCCAAGCGUUCGGUGUGAUGCCUGGCUGUCCCACCAGGUUCGCCAGCCUGGUAUCCUUCGAGGAGGGUGCACCCGGAUAUGUUCGGUGGUCCAAUCUCUCAGCGGACACCACCCUCCAGAUUAAUCUCAAAUUUAAAACCCUUGCAGCAAACGCCAUAAUCUUCUACGCAACAAAUCCAGAGCAGACGACGAACAGUGUUUUGAGGCUGACAGACGGUGUGCUGACGUUCAAAAGUCAUGGAGAGGAGAUCCGAAGUAGCCAAGCUGGCAACAAGUUCAAUGACAACGAGUGGCAUGUGGUGACAGCCACCCACGACCACGAGGCCCUACGACUCGAUAUCGACGACUCCGAGAAUUACCAGUCGAGUCAGUACCCACCAGCUCUCAAUAUCAAAUUUGGUUAUUUAUAUAUCGGGGGAAUUCCCAAUGCCGAGACGGUCUCGUUCAUUGGUUGCAUAGGGGAUGCCACUGCCAACGGCGAAAUUAUAAAUUUCGCUGACACAACGGAACGCCCCAACGCCCAACUCGACAAGUGUCUCGGUGGUGAAGGCUCAUCAGCAACUGUCACAGAACGACAACCUGCUGUCUGGCCACCACCACUGAUAACCGAUGUCGACGCCAUUACCAUGGCCAAUACCGAAGCAAAUAUCGUUCAUGUGGAUCUCGAUCAUACUGUUGAGUCAGAGAGGGAGGGCGAGGGACGGGUGACAAUUCCUCCACCGACUGAGGAGGAGUUGGAGAUACCCGCUAGACCUCCAGGGUCGGAUCAGUGCAGGCUACCUUACGUUCCUGACUACGAUACCGAUAGUGAAAAUGCCUUGAGAUUCGGCACUGCCAAGUACAGCAGACUCGAGUACAGAUCACUGAGUGGUACCUACAGAGAUGCCUAUGACUUCCAGAUCGAUGUCAAGACCAUGGCUGACGAGGGCAUUGUUUUCUAUGCCUCGGAGCUCACGAGGGAGAGCUACAUUGCCGUUUACGUGAAGAAUGGCAGGGUUUAUCAUACCUUUAACUGCGGAAGUGGACCCGCUCUGCUGCAGAGUGAUGUCAAGAUCAAUGACAAUCAGUGGCAUACGAUUGUUUUUAAGAGGAGAGAUAACAUUGGGGAACUGAUGGUUGAUGAUCAGACACUUGCUACUGGGUACUCCGAGGGGGCUGCCAAAACCCUGGAUGUUAAUCCACCAUUCUACGUCGGAGGAGUGCUUCCCGAAUUGGCGACUAGUGUUUAUGAACAAAUUGGUAUUAACAAGACAUUCAGUGGAUGCCUGGGCAACUUCAUGAUGAACGGACAGUCACUCGGUGAUCCUGAAGAGCAGGUUGGAGUCAUUCCGUGCUCCAAACGCGUCGAACCUGGAUUGUUCUUCUACCCUGGCAACGGCAGCAAUUUAUUCAAAGCGAUGGAUAAGUUCACUGUUGGAAGGACCAUUGAUAUCCAGAUGGACAUCAAACCGAGAACUACAAGUGGUCAUUUGUUGUCAAUCCAUGGCAAACGUGACUUUAUUCUGCUGGAAAUGGUAAAUGGCACGAUAAAAUUCUUGGUGAGAACUGGAAAGGGAAGCAUCGAAACAUCAUUUGAUCCAACAACUCCACAUUCUCUGUGUGAUGGUCAUUGGCACAAUAUCAGAGCUAUGAAGCAGAAGAAUGCAGUGCUCCUCUCGGUCGACCACGCUGCAGCUCCACCAGGUAUAGGGGCGAAGAACACAGCGGGAGUACUGUCAAAACACCCUAUAUUCAUCGGAGGCCAUCCACUUCUGGGCAAACGGCUGCGCGGUAGCACAUCCCAUUUGCAAUACGUUGGAUGCAUCAGGAAUAUUAUCAUCAAUAAUCAGGAAAUUCCACUCGUUCCCGAGCGAGCUUAUGGUCACGUUAUCACUGGUGUUUGUCCCACUAUUUAAACUUGACUGACAAAAAUGACUGUUACCAGUAAUUUUUAUUCUCAACUAGGGAAGAGUUGGGAAAAAUUUAGUGACUUUUUUGUUCAUUUAAUAAUUUCGGUUUUAAGCUUUGAAAUGAAAAGAAAAUCAUUCGAUUUCUCGGGGCAAAUUUUAAAUUGUUGAUCAUUGAAGGGAUUUUUCCCCACUCUCACCUACCCUGCAGAAAAACCUCUAUUACAUACUGUCAGAAUCUGCAAAAUUUAUCUCCUCACUUCCAUAAAAUCAACGACAUCAGUCAUUUUUUGUUACUUCUGUGGGUGAAAAAGUUAUUAAAUGUUGAUUGUAUGUAGAGGAGUUACUCUCUGUAUAGUUUCCUCUACAAAAAAAACCCUGAGUCAGAAUUUUUCAUUUUUUUCUCAUAAAAUUUUCAAAUUUUUUAAUUGCGGUUAAUUCAUUUAUCAAUAAAUUGUUUUAAUUACGUUACAUUUGAUUUGUAAAAUUUUAAGCUUUCAAAUAAAGAAUUCUGGCACUGGUAAAUGGUAAUAUUAUGCAUAAAUGGAACUUCAAAAAUAGUUUCAAUUGUUGCCAUUCUCUUAUGUCAUCGCACAUUGUGCACAUCGUUUUGAAAAUUUAAAAAAGAUUAUUUACAAAAGAUCAGUUUUUAAAAAGUUUUUUUUAAUUCUCUCCGACCAUGCCAUGAAUACCUUAAGUUCUCAAUAGUUGUGAAGAGCUAAUUUUUGAAGAUGAAUUGGAAUAUUUUGGAUGAAUUAUUUAACAACAACUGUAUAAAUUUUUUAUGUAGAAGAAAAAUCACAAAUAAAUCACAACAUUACUCAACUUCAA